CAGCAGCACACAUUACACUCAACAUAACAUGACACUCAAGCAAAUUCAGCUAUUACUUUUGAGAAGUUACAAAACUUCAAAUUAGAAUAAGUCUACUGAAGACGUCAGCUUCUUUGGAAGUUUCUGUAAAGCAUAAAUAUCGGAUCUGAAAAGAAUAUAAUGAAUAGAAUCGAUUGUGAAGAACAAACGACUUCUGCUUGUUCCCAUAAACAAAAAAUGAAAGGGACUGAACUCAAAGAAUUUGCACUUUCAGCAAAGACAAUCAGAGUACAGGAUUACUGGAAAAGUUAUUUAUCGACAAUAAAUCCAUUUUAUACUGCUCCUUAUCAAUUGCCAAUAUGGUCACCAAUGAAUGGAAAUGCCUCAAAUUAUAAUCUUCAGCCACCAUGCAGGCCACCAGAAGAAGAAUAUUUCAAACUGCCGGGAAAGCGCAGAUGCAACUGCAAAAUUAAUAAAAUCAAAGAAUCUAUUGGCAAAGAUGAAAAGCCAAGAUUCAGAAGAUGCAGAACAAGAUUUACGAAACAGCAGGUGGCAACACUCGAAAAAGUAUUUUCUGAAAUACAGUAUCCAUCCGUUAGCGUGAGAGAGAAGGUAGCGACCGAAACGAAGCUCUCGGAAGCAAGAGUUCAGGUGUGGUUUUCCAAUCGGCGAGCAAAAUGGCGUCGAGAGAACGAUAUCAAGUGGAUGACUCAGAAGCAUAACCAGAGAACAACUGAUUCACAUCAAGAGUUCAAAAGAAAUUCCAGAGCUCACUUUCAUGGCAUCAAUUCUAAAAUUCUUUACGCUCAGAAUCUGGUACCAGUUGAUGCUCUUAACGGAAUUCUCCAUUUGCACCCUAUGCUGAAAUUUUCUUAA